AUGGAAUUACUUCGAGUCAACAAUGAUCGCGAAUUUGAGCCGCCAGACUUUUCAUUUCAGGAUCAUGGAAUGGACCUACGACUAGAUGAUCUUUCGAGAGUCUCGAGCCACGAUAGAAGGAACUCGCAACACUCAGUUACGGACUCUCUAUUAUCGACUCCAAAUCGACCAGAAUCGUGGCAGCAAGUGAGCAGCUUUUCGAAUUCCUCAACCGCACAAAGUACAAAUUUGAACCUUCCCGCACAACUUUUACAGAAUACCAACCCAUCAAUGACAAAUCUGCCGAUAGAUACUGUAAUUUGGAAGAUCAAUUGGCAACAACCAACUUUUAUGUGCUCGAUACUAUUGUGUGGUCUGAUUCUGGCAAUUGGACAUCAUGUUUACUACCAUUCAUUAAGUGGGACUCCGGCAGGGGAUGCCACAAGGCAAGCUUGGUCAAUUCGAUUUGGGACAGCCUUCGCAUUUCUUGUCGUCGCAUUUUUCAAAGCCGUUACUGUCUCCGCAUUGGGGCAGUAUCUUUGGAGCGUCGUAAGGUCGAAAGGUCUCAACAUUAGUGAUCUCGACAGGUUAUUCGCGCUCACAAGUAACCCGAUUAGCAUGUUCAGUGUUUCCGUUAUCAAGAAUGCUUCCCUGGCAGCUUUACUAGGCACAAUUUUCUGGACCAUGGAUUUCGUUAGUUUCGCUCCCGCAGCUACACUCUCUGUCAUUCCAGUCAAUAUUACUAUUUCAGUGCCAAUUCCAGUAUUGAAUGGAACCAAAUUUUUGCUUGAUACGCAUUCGCUUAGACCUGUAGUAGAUUACAGUAUCUCACAAAAAAUUGCAGGAAAGUCAGCAUCUCUAGCUGAUGUGGUACCUCUGGAUUUUUCAAUCGCGUCUCAAAUCUGGUCCUAUGAUAUGCAGUUCUUUGGUCUCACACUCAAGUGUAGAGAAGCUGAAAGUACUGAGCAAGCUAUCUUCGAUCAACUAGCGCAUUAUAUUGAAAAAUUCCAAUCAGGGUUUAUUGCCCCUCAAAUCAAUGACUCGAUUUGGAACAACACAAUGUCUAAGUCAGAUCCAAAAUUACAUUACCUUCUCUUCUAUUUUUCAUUUCGGUCAAACGACCCCAAUGUCCCAUUUCCUCUGUAUGAACUGUAUGUUAAAAACUCAACUGGUUAUCAUGUCUUCGUACAAAGUUCGACGUCAAGCAUUGUAUGUACAGCCAUGAAUGCUUCUAUUGCUGUUACAAUCGCUUCUGCCUACGGCAAUCAAGAAACCACGCAACGCAGCACCCAGUACCUAAAUGAGAUACCUCAAUGUGGUGGAUCACCCAGCUGUUUGAUGAAAGAUAAAUUUGACAAUUUCGCGAGAGUGUUGUCAGGGAAUAUCUCGGUACAGAGCAGAGCGUCAGACAUCGAUCGCACGGUUUGGAUCCCUUAUUUGAUCGACAAUCCUCUCCUCCGUCUAUUUACCGCAUGCGACGACAUAAAGGCUUCACAUUUGAGUCCCUAUUUUCUUCAAAUCCCCCCAUUGAGGCUAUUUUUAAAGUCGAGCCAUGGCAGUGUCGCAAUCGAACCUUCAUGA